AUGUCUACUGCUCUGGGAGUUGUAACGUUUGAAGACCUACCCCAAGAUAUAAAGUUCGACAUCUUUGCCAGACUACCUGCUGUGAAACUUUUAUUGAGGUUAAGACGCGUCUGCAAAUCUUGGCAUACUUUGAUUAGCAGCCCUAGUUUUAUAGGCGCCUAUCACAAGAGAAACGUAUUGAUGCCAAGUAGUAGUGAGUAUUUAUUUAUCGGCUCUGCCGAGAACAAGAAGUGCUUCUCACUCUUUUCUGCCGAGACAUAUGACAAGUGCUUGGAUUUAGAGCUUCCUACUCACGGUGUUGGUUUAGACUUCGGCGUUGCGGGUUCUUGCCAUGGACUGGUUUGCAUCUCUACUCGUUCCUAUUCGCCAACUAGUGAGGCUCCCAUAUAUCUAUGGAAUCCAUCAAUCAGAAAAUUAAGGAGACUUCCGGAAGGCAUCAUCGGUCUUAGCCGCCCUAUUUAUGUUGCAUUCGGCUUCCAGCCUGGAGAAAACGACUACAAAGUUGUGAGAAUUGUAAGAGAGGAAGAAAGUACUAGUGAUGUUUACCAAGUCGAGGUCUAUAGCCUUAGAUUAAAUUCCUGGAGAAGAGUUAACAGCGCAAUUCAAUUCUCAAACUUCUUUGCCGUGUCGAUGUCGCCGGAAGGAGGCGUAUACUGCAAUGGAGUUAUCUAUAAGGUUGUAAUAGAGGAACCUACUUACCCGAUCUGCUUGCCUCCAAAACCCAUGACAGUUUGUGCCCGUAAUUGCAUCCUUGCUUUUGAUACCAGCACUGAGGUUUUCCGAAAAAUCGAACUUCCUAAUGAAUUGGUACAUCGAGAUCCAAAUUGUGGUUCACUACUUCAUAUGCAGGGGCUUGAUAACGCACUUUGUGUGUCUCGCUUUUAUUCACGGUCGUCUCUCUCCGCUGACAUAUGGGUUCUGGGAAAAGAUGAUACUUGGAAAGUACAUCACACUAUUCAUCUGCCAUCUAAGGCUUUCAUAGCUUCGCCUUUGGGUUUUACAGCAAAUGGUGGAGUUCAUCUUAUAAGAAGAGAGGAAGAGGGAGAUAAAAGAUAUUUGGUUUUGUAUGAUACUAAAUGCUGUCCUCUGAAGGAGAUCGAAACAACUCAUAUAGGCAAUUACGUGGUUGCCUACACAGAGAGUUUACUUUUACUCAAUUGA